AUGAACGCGCGAGUCCUGCAGAAGCUCCGGAACCCGAGGGCCUGUGACAAGCUUCCCAGUGCCACCCAGCAGGCCCUCACUGCUGCUCUGCCCCCAGAUCGCUCGGCGUCCUGGGGCCUGCUCAGCCUAAGCUCAGGUGUCCAGAAAUUCUGGGAUCUGAACCCUGUGAUAAAGGAGGGAUGUAGGGACAGCACCUACAGGCCUACAGAGCCCACAGCCUACAGCGCCCACAGGCCUACAGCACCCACAGGCCUACAGCACCCACAGGCCUACAGAGCCCACAGGACUUCAGCGCCCACAGGACUUCAGCGCCCACAGGCCUACAGAGCCCACAGGCCUUCAGCACCCACAGGCCUACAGAGCCCACAGCCUACAGCGCCCACAGGCCUACAGAGCCCACAGCCUACAGCGCCCACAGGCCUUCAGCGCUCACAGGCCCUCAGCGCCCACAGCACCCACAGGCCUUCAGUGCUCACAGGCCUUCAGCGCCCACAGCACCCACAGGCCUUCAGCGCCCACAGGCCUUCAGCACCCACGGGCCUUCAGUGCCCAAAGGCCUACAGCGCCCACAGGCCUACAGUGGCCAUAGGCCUACAGUACCUACAGCACCCACAGGCCUACAGCACCCACACAGGUCUACAGUAUCCACAGGCCUACAGUACCUACAGCACCCACAGCACCCACAGGCCUUCAGCGCCCACAGGCCUACAGCACCCACAGGCCUACAGUGGCCAUAGGCCUACAGUACCUCCAGCACCCACAGGCCUACAACACCCACAGGCCUACGGCACCCACAGGCCUACAGCACCCACAGGCCUACAGUACCUACAGCACCCACAGGCCUACAGCACCCACAGGCCUACAGUACCUAUAGCACCCACAGGUCUACAGCGCCCACAGGCCUACAGCGAGUGGACAGUGCCCCCACCCCUGUGA